AUGGCAAAGUACUAUGACAUUGACGACAUACUUACAGAGGAAGAGUUUGCGCCAGUGUUAUUCCAUAAAGCAGUAAAUGGAGUUACUGUUGAUCCAAGUUCUGAGACUAACUCUGUUGAACAAGGAGCUAAAGUGGAGUUACCCUUUUGGCUUGCUCAUGAGUUGCAUUUGAGACAAGUCGUCUCCAUUAACCUUCCUUCCUGUUUCGACCAGAAGACGAGGUUGGAGAUACAAGCUGAUGCAGCAUGUGUAGAUCUUAGAUCACGAUGUCCUUACUUUUAUGAAUUUGGUUGCAAGUUACAGCCAUUAGUUGCAGAUAGAACGAUUGGAAUCUUGCUAUCGACUGCGUUUAAAAUCAGGUACAAGGAGAGGCUGACCAAAGUAUACACUGCAGCUCAUAUAACUGCUUCCACGUUCUUGCCACUCUUAACCAAAGAAGAAACUAACUUGUACGAAGAAGCUCACUUGUCUAUGACAGCUUUCAAGAAAUGGAGAACAGGAGGUCCUCGUUUUCAGAUAGCUUCAAUACUCGGUAGAAAACGCAAGGAAUCUUAUUAA